UGGAGCGUGACAACGACGACAAGGCGACACGCGUUCGACGCUCAUCACGCACCUGAUGGGCGCCAGCGAGCGUAACAAGGUGCUAGGCUACCAGAUCCGCGAGCAGAUUGGCGGCGGUGGCUUCUCAAAAGUCUAUCGUGCUCGCAAAGAUGACAAGCUCGUCGCAGUCAAGGUCAUCCCCGUGCUGUCCGGCCAGCUUGACAAGAAGCUCGUCAAAGAAGUCAGAAUCCACGGCGCGCUCAAGCAUGCCAAUGUGCUUGCGCUCUUGGCUUCUCACUCGGACGCGACGGGCUCCACGCUUGGCCGGCCUGCCUUCUACAUCAUCUUGGACUAUGCAGCGGGUGGGGAUCUGUUUGACAAGAUCGCGCCCGAUGUAGGCUUGCCGGAUGAUAUCGCUAACUUUUAUUGCCGCCAAUUGCUGUCUGCCAUCAAAUACAUCCAUUCUGUGGGGAUAUGUCACCGAGAUAUUAAGCCAGAGAAUAUACUUCUCGACGGCGCAGGCAAUCUGAAGGUCUCAGACUUCGGCCUGUCCAGCGUCUACUCCUACAAAGGACAGGUUCGAUUGCUGCAAGAUGCAUGUGGCAGCCCGCCUUAUGCUGCGCCCGAGGUUCUCACACAUUCUUCAGACAGUCUGCUGACGACUGAUGCCCGACUGCAGCUGGCUCAUGGCAAAGCAUACUCGGCAGCACCUAUCGAUAUAUGGAGCUUUGGCGUCUUGCUCUUCACACUUCUUGUUGGCAACACGCCAUGGGAUCAACCAACCGAGUCUAGCGCAGAAUAUCGCGCCUUUCUCACCGGCGACUUGCUCACAUAUGAUCCCUGGACUCGGAUACCGCCGCAGCCUCUAUCUCUUCUAUUGAGCAUGCUCACCGUCGAGCCGCACAAACGGCCGACAAUCUCACAGCUCGAGCAGCAUCCUUGGAUCACUCGACGCAAUCCACUCGUCGACCGAGAUGGAAUGUGUCUGGAUCCAGCGAAGCUCGCCUCUUGGCUCAUGGAGAAGCUCAACCAAUCAGGCGCAUUCGACGUGCCUACACAAGCCUCCCGCGGGCCUUCGCAAGCCAGUCAGCAGGCCUCUGGCAUGCCACUUCCGUCAAGUACUUUACCUAGACCAUCUCUGGCACAGGCAGACCGCACGCAAGCCUUUGGUGCUACGCUCACUAAUCUCUCUCGCUGUUCUGCACUGGCGCCAUCACAACGCACAAAUCCAAAUCUGACUCGCUUUGUCUCAGUGUGGCCCCUUGGCGACGUCGCGCAAGCAGUAUGCAGGUGCCUCAGCGAGACGAGCGUGCAAUGGCAAUGCGAGCGCGGGAAGGACUUGAUAGCAGGCAUGCCGCCGCCAGUCGCUUCUGACGAGCAUCUCGAAGUCGUGCUUGGGCUCGGCGUUCGUGACGAGCGACAGCAGUUACUGCAGGGCAAGGCGAGCCUGUUCUACGAGUCGAGCGACAGCCAAGUCGAAGAGCUCGUCGUCGUCGUAGUCUUGACGCGGUCCAAAGGCGAUCCUCUCGCCUGGAGGAGGCUAUAUGAUCGCCUGAUCAAGCGCCUGCCGGACGGUCUGUUGUAUGCCAAAGGCUAAUUCGAGCGGAGCAUGCUUCUCUGCUCGAUCAUCCGCUCGAGCACAUCCUCCAACUCGCGCUCGACUUGUUCGCAUUCGCGAAGCGCUCCGUCAAAGUCGGCGUUCACUUGCUCUGCCUCUGUACUCAAAGCCGCCAGUUGAUCGUCUGACACGUCGAUCAUGACAGGAUCCGGUAAUGAAGCGAUGAGGAUCUUGAGCUGCUUUGCCUUUGUCACGAGCUCGUCCACAAGC